UUUCUCCUUGCGUUAUCUGGGAACAGUAGAGAACUCAUAUUGGAUUGAAUACACGGGAGACAUGGUUGGACUGUAAGAAGCAAAAGUUGUUGAAGAUGUUGGCACCACUCAGACCUAGAAAUUUUAGUGGGAAUUUCAGAAGAAUUACCCUGACAAAACCAGACAUGACCAGUGCAUUGCUUAGAUUUCCCUCUCUUCAGUGUUUACACAUACAAGUUGGAGACAAGGCUGAACUUACUAAAGCCUUCACACAGAAGGAUGUUGCUAGUUUUGCUGACUUAACUGGAGACACAAACCCACUGCAUUUGAAUGAAGACUAUGCAAAGAGAACUAGGUUUGGGAGAACAAUUGUACAUGGAGUUUUGAUCAAUGGACUUAUUUCUGCAGUUUUAGGUACUAAAAUGCCUGGCCCUGGUUGUGUGUUUAUUUCUCAAGAAAUUCACUUUCCAGCUCCCUUGUACAUUGGAGAAGAAGUCUUAGCUGUAGCAGAAGUGAAAAGACUGAAGAGAUCUAUUGCAUACAUCUCAGUAUCCUGUUCUGUUAGGGAAAGUGAAAAGAUUGUUAUGGAAGGGAUAGUGAAAGUCAUGGUGUCACAAGGUCAGCCCUCAUGACUUCAUGGUGCUUUGUUCUAUAAAAAGUUCAGAAAUAUGUAGAGGUUUUACAUGUAUGGUACCUCAAACCUUGGUAAGAGUGCCUGUAAAAACACUUUCAAGGACACAGUUUGCUGUUAAGUGCUACUGGGCUUUGUGGGGGAGAGAUGUCAAACCUCACUUUUGAUGGCGUGGAAAGACACCCAGAUGAAUAUGAUCCAUACUUAUCUUAGAUCUAUUACCAUGAUGUGCAACCAAGCCUAUUCUGUUCCCUAGCUUAACUGUCACCAAAAUAAACAUCACUGUUUACUGGAACCUUUUAAAAGGAAUAUUUACCUCACAUAAUGUUCUGGAGUUGGUCACAGAAAUUCCUGUCACCUGACUAGCAAAAAUGGAGCCAAGAUAAGUAUCAAUGAUAGAUUAAUAUAGUAUUCUCUUGGUUUCUUGUUACCAUCACACAGUAUGUGCUACUUUUCACGUGUCUAAUAUGUUACUUACUUAGUUUGAGGUUCUAGAUGUGGCAAAGGGCCAAAUCUCUCCCACCCCUUACUUGUAUGAAUUCAGGGAAUUGAAGUCUAAGGGACUAUGUGGGUGAAUAAAGCAAGCAACAUUUGAUUCAUGUUGACACAUGCACCUCGCCUCCUCUCCCCUGAUUUAAAAGAAUGAAAAGCUAUGUGAAUACAGCCAGUUAUUCAAA